CUGGCAGAACAGAACCACUUGAAGACGUUCUGUGCAGCUUGUAGUAGAGGGGCGCAUGCUUGGCCAGGUGGUGAAGUACUUCCUUUGAAGUUUACAGCUUUCUGCCUGCUACUGCUGUUGCUCCUUCUCUGGCAAGCCAUACCCUGCGUAUCAGCUUCUGAAGCUGAACCGAGUUUGUAUCUUGCGUGUCAAGGGCAGGCAAUCCAAUCCUUCAAUUCAACCUGCUGAAUAUCUAUUUCCGGGCAACCAUCAAUUAGUUUGAUUGUAAACGACGGGAAGGUGACACUGACAGAAGAGGAGCUAAGGAAAACGUCCAAAAUCAAACAAAACCUAAAAGAGAAAAGCUGCUGUGCUUUUGGGAUGUCCGACCUAGACCGUCAGAUUGAGCAGCUGCGGCGCUGUGAGCCUUUGAAGGAGAGUGAAGUAAAGGCGCUAUGCACAAAAGCGAUGGAGAUCCUGGUGGAGGAGAGCAACGUGCAGCGUGUCGACUCCCCUGUCACGCUCUGUGGAGACAUCCACGGCCAGUUCUAUGACUUGAAAGAGCUGUUCACGGUUGGGGGGGAGUGUCCGCAGACCAACUACUUGUUCAUGGGGGACUUCGUAGAUCGAGGCUUCUACUCGGUGGAGACUUUCCUCCUCCUCCUUGCCCUCAAAGUACGCUAUCCAGACAGGAUAACGUUGAUACGCGGCAAUCAUGAAAGUAGGCAGAUUACGCAGGUGUACGGGUUCUACGACGAAUGUUUGCGGAAAUACGGGUCCGUCAACGUGUGGCGAUACUGCACCGACAUAUUCGACUAUCUAAGUUUAUCGGCGCUCAUCGACAACCGAAUCUUCUGCGUGCACGGGGGCCUCUCACCUUCGAUCAGCACCCUUGACCAAAUCCGCGCAAUUGACCGGAAGCAGGAGGUCCCCCACGACGGUGCGAUGUGCGACUUGCUGUGGUCGGACCCGGAAGAGAUCGAGGGGUGGGGCCUGAGCCCGCGGGGGGCAGGAUACCUGUUUGGGGGUGACGUCGCGACGACCUUCUGCCAUGACAACAAGGUGGAGCUGAUAGCGCGCGCGCACCAGCUGGUGAUGGAGGGCUACAAGUGGCUCUUUAACCAGCAGCUCGUCACCGUUUGGUCUGCGCCCAACUACUGCUACCGGUGUGGGAACGUGGCCGCUAUUUUGGAGCUGGACGAGCAUCUAGAGAAGAAGUUCACCGUCUUCGAAGCAGCACCCCAGGAUGUUCGAGGCGUUCCCUCUUCCAAGCCUGCUCCGGACUAUUUCCUUUAAGCAACUACCCAAAAAAGCCGCUUCGCGAAUGCGAUUAGCUCUAAAGCCACUUGCAUGAGCCACUCGAUCUUAGGGGACUUCAUAUCCCCGUUCUUGUACUGUAUGAAGAAGGAAGAAGGCCUUAUGUGAGUCUGCUUCCGGCGUUUACUUGUCUAGAAUGGUCACACGGCUCUUUGGAAUGUUGAACCGUCGAGAAGGUAGCAAACCUGGCAAGCUGUAGGAAUCAUAUCUGGUUUACGCAACGCUAGUCAACCAUUGCUUAUGCAAGAUUGCUAGGGACGAGGCCGUCGAGUCGAUGGUCGGGUUUUCUACAAUUAAGAGCUCAGCUCCGGAAUGCUUGCUCUAUGGGUGCUCCAGUCCAACCUUUGAUUGAGCUUCGUACGAGGGACCAGACUUCGGGCCUGCCUGCACUGUAACAGUUUCAUCAUUGCAGCGCCGAGCUCAAUGCUGCC